AUGAUCUUCCUCCUCGCCAACAGCUCACAUGCUAGUAGCACUACUCAUAACAGCUACGCCAGCCAUGGCUGCGAUGCCGUACUUCAUCCCUUCGUGUACAACCUCACCGCCUCCUACGCCGACCAGCGGAACGAGGCCACCAUGGUGUUCACCUCCGUGGUCAUGUUCUUGCUCGCCGCGCUCUUCUUCAACCUCAACCUCUUCAGCCGGUUCUCCGACGUGAGCGCCAUCCUCAACCCCACCGUCCGCCUCUUCCUCUCGUCCUCGCUGUCCCUCUUCCUCCCCGUCAUGUCCUACCUCUUCUCCGAGGCCAAGAACGAAGGCGCCGCCGUGGCUGCUGCCAGCUACCAGCAGCUCGGCGGCACCGAGCUGUCGCUGCGAGCCCGGACGAUCCUCAUGUGGAUGCUUCUCGUGGAGCUCCUCCGCAGGAAGGUGGAGGCGAUCCUGGUGAGCGUGGGCGCCCAGGCCGCCUCCUACUCGAGCACCAUCGACCGCGCCUCCCGCAUCGCCUGGCUGGGCUACCUCGUCUUCUACAGCCUGAGCAGCACCGGCAAGAAGGCCAUCUACGGCACCCUGUGGGUCCUCGCCGCCGCGAAACUGCUGCAGAGGAUCGCCAUCAGCGAGCUGCUCAAGCGUUCCUUCGCCUACGGCAAGAACGCCGACCAGUUGAGCUGGUACAUGGCCCAGAUCGUGAAGCAAGAGCAGCAACAGGCGGUCGGACUCGGAGCUGGGGAGGAAGAGGGAGCAGAGCUGCUGAACAAGUGCAGGUAUGCGGUGAUGGGAGAGGAGGAGCUGGAGAUGAAGGUCAGCCCCAUGGAGGGCUACCAUCUGGAGCUCAAGGACGACGUCGUCGUCACGGUUGGCCAUAUUUGGAGAGCGGACAUGGGCGACCUGCUCCACCAAGGUCCAAGCCUGAAACGGCUGUGCCUCUCCUUCGCACUCUACAAGCUGCUGCGCCGGAGGAUUGAGGACCACCCCAUCACCGACGAGGAGACCAGCAGCUGCCGGAGCCUCAUCUUCAGAGGCCUGCGCAUGGAGUUGCUGCGGCAAAGCUCGGAGUCGCAGGACCUGAAAUCCACCGUGGUCGCGGCUGCUCUUUUCCAGGUGUUCUACGAGGAGAUCCAGUUCCUCUGCGAGUACUACCACUCCGUCCUACCCGUUGUGCUCUCCAACCCCUUCUUCUUCCUCGCCAACUACAUCCUCUUCCCCGUCGUCGUGUGGGCCUUCUGCCUCCUCACCUUCAUCCUCUGCGGCAACGGCGACGUGGCGUACGCGUACCACAGCAUCACCACCGACAACUACAUCAUCUCCACCGGCACGCGGAAGGUCCUGGGAUGCCUCAUGAGGGGGGUCGCCCGGCACCCGGAUGUCCUCUUCACCGCCGUCGAUCUCGCCGUCACCAUGCUGCUCCUGCUCACCUUCCUCUACGAACAGGUCUGGGAGCUCCUCGUCUUCAUCCUCUCCAACUGGCUCACGGUAUCUCUGCUCUGCGAGUACGCCGCCAAGCGCCGCUGGCGCGACAGCCGCGUCAGGGCCGGGCUCAUCCGCCGCAUCCUGUGGGUGCGGAACAAGAUGAGCCGCCCCAACCUCUGCUUCAAGCAGGCGUCCGUGCUCGGGUUCGGCCGCCGCCUGCCAGCCAUGGCGCUGCGGCUGCCUAAGAAGAAGGCCGUGCCCAUCGAAGUGAAGGAGUCCAUCAUGGGAUACCUAGUGGCUCACAUCAAUGAUGGCCCCGACGCUGAUGCCCCUCUUAGCAACGGCUGGUCGACGCUGCAGUUGGAGAAGCACAGCCAGUUCAGGUCCCAGCCGGAGGUCGCCAAGGCGUGCAAGAGCAAGAGCGUCGCCGAGGUCGUCCUCACCUGGCACAUCGCCACCAGCCUCCUGGAGGUGAAGUACCCGCUGCAACAGGAGGAGAAGAAGAAGAAGAAGAAGACCCCGGUGGGAGCUCGUCGUACGGUGGCAACGACCCUGUCCGGGUACGCCGCGUACCUGGUGGCGUCGGCUCCGGAGCUGCUCCCCGACAGCACGGAGGGCACCAAGCGCGUGUACAGCGACAUAACGGACGAGCUCAAGGACGUGCUGGGGGGGUGUUGGAGGUACCAUGCGUCUGGGCAGAUCACCCGCUUCGACAAGCUGGUCGGUAUCGCACAAGGGCUGCCGGAGGAGGAGACGACGACGGUGGUCCGCAAGGGGGCGAAGCUGGGGAAUAAGCUGAUGGAGAUGGCAAGCAAAGGUCGAGGGGCGGAGGAACAAGUAUGGGAGCUGCUGGCGGAUCUCUGGACGGAGUUGACGGUGUACCUGGCGCCGUCGGCCGGCGAGCUGCACGUGAAGGCGCACAAGGAGGCCCUGGCGCUGGGCGGCGAGUUCAUCACCGUGCUCUGGGCGCUGUGCACGCACACCGGUGUAACCAGGCCGGCGGGUGCGCCGUGGGAGACACCACCACCAGCCGACAGGUCGCUCGUGUGAUCCGUAGUAGUGCAUUCUGAGUGUGAUUGAUGUGCUUCAUUCGUGGGAGCUUUGAUUGUUGAUUUUCAAUUCCAUUCCAUUUACUUUUUUUUUCUCAUAGUGUGUUUUACUUAGUGUUUGAAGAUGUAACAAUGAAAAGCUUUAUGUAUCCG